AAGAUGGCUGCCUGGCCACGCCCAGAUCCUGCGCAGGCGUAAUCCAUGGCGCGUUCCCGGAAGAGCUCAGAGGUGGGCGUAGUGCAGCCCUGGGCCCUUGAGGCCAGUGGGCUAAGGAGGAGGAGGAGGAGGAGGCUGUUAAGGGGAGAGCCAGAAAGCUUAUAGCCCAGCUUUGGUUAAAGAUGACUUCCCUGUUCACUCAAGAAAUUCACCUUUCUAAAAGACAUGAAGCAAUAGUAUCACAAAGAUUAAUGUUACUUCAGAAAAUGAGGAAUAAAUUUGGAGAUCAAAACACACAGAGGGCAUCUCUCCUGCAAGCCUCUGAGACUGCUUCUAAAAGGAACCUCACUCUCCUGCAGGACAUAGAUGCUGCAGAGAAGUCAUUACAGACCAGGCUUAACCCACAUCUACACCCUGCGGUGCUUUCUCUUGAGACUCGUUACUGGGCAUCAGUAGAAGAACAUGUCCCCAAGUGGGAACAGUUCCUCUUAGGAAGAGCACCAUACCCGAUUGGUGGCGAAAAUCAAAGGGAACAACAACGGCAGUACGAGAGUGCACUGAAAAGUCUCAGGUUAGACUCUUGUACGGCCGUAGAUUCGCCAAUGAAAGUGUUAAAACUAAUGCUCAGACAGAAUGUUAGUUAAAGAUGGCAUUAAGUCAGUGUUGUGUGUGUUUAAAACAUUCACCCUUGUUGUCAUGUAAAGAGGUUAGCUCCAGAUGUUGUAGAACCAUAGUUUUCCAUUAUUCACUAUGGGAGCGGGAACAAGGUGCUGGUUGAAAGUUUGACAUGCUUAGCUGCUCUGUCCGAUACUAGUUAUCAGACAAUGGAUUCCUAGAAUGGUGUGUCUCAGACAGACUUCUCUGAGCCCAUAACUGUAAAGCAUUCAAUAUGUGGUCAGUUUCAGGAGGGCUCGGAUGGUUUUCAAAAAGGCUUAUGAGAGCUGGGAAUGGCUACUGAAUUCUGGCCAUCUUAUUUGAGGAUUACCAACUUGUGAAAACAAAUAAUGCCUCCCUCAAGGUUAUCUUUCAACUUAACCUCUCCUUUCGAUUCUAUAAAACUUAAAAAUAAAAUGAAUAAACUCAGAAAGCUGUGGGUUGCAACCCUCGACAGAACAGCUUUGGGCUGUCGAUUCACUGCCUCUUGCCUGAGCACAGGGCAGAGGCAGCUUCUGGUGAGGAGCCUGCUGUACUGCAACUGGCUCUUCUGUAUCACAAGCUUGUGGCUUUAUCACUAUAGCUAAAGCUCUCUCCUUUUGUGCUUUGUGUUGCCUUUAAGACAAAAAUCUCACUCUAUAGCCCAAGCUAGUCUUGAAGUCACAGCAAUCCCCCUGCUUCAACCUUUGAGUACUGGGAUUACAGGUGUGACACUACCCCACCCCACCC